AUGACCGAACGAGCGGCUGCUUCGGCAGCUCUUUUUCCGGAAGCGUUUCAACUCUCCAAGCUUCAAAGUCGUGAGCAUGAAUUGCAUAUUGCUGAUGUGAUUGAACACUUACGAUCGGAAUUUUUAAAGGUGAUGUUACGGCGAGACGCGUUGAAUGCGAUCAAAAUGAAAGACGAUAUGAUGGUUCCACCACGAUGCGAAACGAAGGCCAAAGAGCUUGGCCUCACCAGCAUGUCUACUUGGAAGGAAUAUUUCGCACGAGAAGAACCUUUUCACGACAUCGACUGA